AAGGACGUGGGGUGGGGGGUGGACCCUGCGCUUGCGCACAUCACAAUCUGUCUGCGUGUCAUGUUAAACAUUAGAAGUGUAGUCAACAUGUCUACCGCUGCAGCUACUGACAACAAUAACGAGGAGCCGGGGCUUCAAGGUUCCUGGGUAGAGUUGGAGUUGAAUGGUAAUACAGGGGCCCAGGGGGAGCCAACCAGCUUAUCACCAACACCUGCUGCAGAUCAAAUAAAUGCAAACUCCAGCAUCAACCAAACUCUCCAGACUUUGGAAGUAGCCGAAAACGCCGAAAGCUUGAUUGGGGGACUAGAACACGUGCCAUCGUCCUCAUCUAUACAUAAUGGAGACAUGGAGAAGAUUCUCUUGGAUGCUCAGCAUGAGUCCAGCCCAAGUAGCUCUUCCUGUGAUAGUCCUCGCAGACCUCCAAGUCCAGAGCACGAUGAUGAACAGAUAACAUUUGAUGUGGAGAUGUCCAGUCUAAGAGGUAGUCAGUCAGAGGAAGACAUUACGGAGAAGGAAAGAGAGGACGACAUUUUGAUGAACAGAGAAGUAGACUGGGUUGCUGAUUGGUCCAGCCGACCUGAAAAUGUCCCACCAAAGGAGUUUCACUUCAGGCACCCCCGGCGCUCAGUGUCUUUGAGUAUGAGAAAGAGUGGAGUCAUGAAGAAAGGUGGCAUAUUUUCCUCUGAAUUCCUCAAAGUUUUCAUCCCUUCUUUGCUCAUCUCCCACAUCUUGGCUCUUGGGAUUGGAGUCUACAUUGGGAAGAGAAUCGCCACAGCUUCCACUAGCUCUUACUGAACAGAAAGCGAAGCAUCUCCUCGUGUCUUCAAGUCCUUUAACUCGCCCUCCUGUAGUCAGGCUAUCUUUCCUAUCCAAUCAGCAUUAACAGAUGCCACAUUAUAGAUGUACUCAUAUUCGUUAUGUAGUUGCACUCCAUCGGAUUUUGACACUAGGGGCCAUAUCGUUGUACACUGACUUCAAUCCAGUUUUAAAAAAUGGACGACUCUUGUCUGAUUUCAAAUUCCCUUCUGUUGAUGUAAAACAUCGCAUUGUCAAGUAUGAGUUUUAUUUUCCCCAAAGUGAUUGUUUUCUUCUGGUGUCCUAAAUGCCAGACAGAAUGAACCAUUUAUUAGCACAAUACCAAAUUGGGUUUGGGAACAGACUCACAUUUUGAGCUAAACACUUUUCCCCAGUGACUUGGAGGUUGAAUGGUGCUGGGUUUAGCUUUUAAAUUUUGCACAUUUUAUGAGAAAUGAAGUCUGAUCUUGUUGCUGUUGACAGCAACUUUGUCUUCUUGAGGGUCAACAAGCUGAGUGAACCAUCUGGCAUGUAGCUUGACAAUUUUACUAUGAAGUUGUUCGACUGUUUCAUGACAGUGGAAGGCAAUAUACCAGACUAUAUGCUAUUUUUAAGUAUUUUUUGGCUACAUAUCUUUAACACAGCAGUAGCAAAGUGCCAAAUUUAUAUCUUUCACCUUUGCACAUUGGUGAUUUGUCUUAGGCUUUUUUAUUUUCUUGUAUGUUUAGAUAUUUUAAAAUGUAGUUGUUAAUAAUCUAAGCUGUGAUCUGCCCUGAUUAACAGACACUUGUCCACAUUGUACAUUUUCUGUAUAAGCAGAUAUUAAUGUUUGUUUUAUCUGAUGCAUUGUGGCAGUGUUACGUGUAUUUCCUUGUCGCUCAACUGCUAAAGUUUAAAUAGCGGACACCAACACCACAGAAGGAAGUACAUGUGGGGCAUCCUUGAAGAGUGUUAUCUGACUUCAAUGUAGAUUUCACUGUACAAUAAAUUCACUUUGUGUGACAGAAUACAUAAUGUAUAGUAUCAAAGAAACAUCCAGCAAGAGGAUUAAAAUCAUUUCCUGAGGAAAGUGCAUGCAUCUCUCUGUGUGGAUCUUGACACCAUGGUUCCUCUAAAAGUGCUUGUAAGCUGAUGUAGAAACAUCUACUAAAAUUAAAUUAUAUGCUGGUAAUUGCUUCACUAGGCUUUAAUGCAUGAUGCAAGUAAUGGUAACUCAUAAUAUGUACAUGUGGUCCUCGCAGGCUUAUGUACAGUUGAAUGGUGUGCAAUACAGAGCGCUUUGGAAUUUGAAUAAAGUUUGUACUGUAUACAGUGGCUUUUAUUUAAAUACAAGGUGGGGUUGUAAAAUUGCUUUAAACCUAAUGAUAAGUGCAUAUUGCAUUAAAGAUUCUUGUAAACAUUUAAGUUA